AGAAAUCCUAGAAAAAAAAAAAAGGGAAAUAGAAGAAGGAAAAAGAAAGAGAUAAGCGAAGGCAGAAGGAAGCAAGCAAAUGUGGGCGGUGGCGUCUCCGCCGCCGUUCAUCCUCCCCGUCUCCGCCGCGCCUCGCCCAGCCCGAGGCUUCAUCUUCGGCCGCAACUCAAUCACCGCUAGCGCCAGACCCACCAACUCCGACUCAAACCCCAAAUCCCCCGGCAAUGAGAUUGGCGGCUCAGAUGUUCUAUGGGCAUUGCAGAGGGCCACUGCUGCGAAGAAAAGGAACCGGGCAAGGCCUAAGAAGAGGACGAUGAGGGACGGCGAGGUCACGGACGAGGAGGAGGAGACUAGCAUGGAGGUCAGGCCCAUCUGCAUCGAUAGCGAGUGGGGCCCGCGGCUGAAGGAUCUGGAGAACCGCCUGCAGCAGCUCUCCCGGCUCGUCUAAUUCGGACGGCAUGGAAUUUGCCAUACAAAAUAGUUCGGAUUUCCGGCUACCAAUGAGGACCGAAAUGGCCUCAUAUUUGUAUCCUCUUACAUGCAUAUGCAAGAAAUGCUGUAACAUUAUAGUGUUUUUCGACCGUGCAACCGACGUAGUCUGCUUUGCCUGCUGAUGGUAGCAAAAUUGAAUUGAAAUCGGUCCCUCUUAAUGAAAUUCGAAAUUAUAUGGUA